UAACAAACCGAGAAAAGACCGGGGAGACUACGUCACAUCACCUUUUAUGGAAAAUCAAUGGCCGACAGCAGCGACCGGCUUAGUUUCUUCAUACAUUUGAGCCACGUGAAUUUCGAUUUGGCUAAGCGGUACUGCACGUCGCCUUAAUUUAGUGAAUUUUCCAUUCCUAGGCCUUGUGAAAAGAGCGCAAUGUCCGUUGUAGGGUUUGACGUUGGAAAUGAGUCCUGUUUCGUGGCAGUUGCACGAGGCGGAGGAAUCGAGACCAUUGUCAAUGAGUACAGUGACAGAAGCACGCCGAGUGUCGUGUCGUUUGGGGAGACCACCAGGAGUAUUGGUGUGGAAGGAAAAACUCAGAUGAUAUUUAACUUGAAAAAUACCGUGAGCCAGUUCAAGCGGCUUAUCGGUCGGAAAUUUAGCGAUCCAGUUGUGCUGGAAGAGAAGAAACGAUUUGCGUGUCAGCUGGUUGAAAGACCCGGAGAUUGUAUAGGUGUCAAAGUGCGUUAUUUAGAGAAUGAGGAAGUUUUUUCACCAGAGCAGAUUAUGGCAAUGCUACUGACAAAGCUAAAGAUCAUAUCUGAGAAAGAAUUAGCCACAAAAGUCACAGACUGUGUUGUUUCUGUUCCUUGUUACUACACCGACAGACAGAGAAGAGCAAUGUUAGAUGCAGUGUCUAUGGCAGGACUGAAUUGUCUGAGACUCAUGAACGACACCACAGCAGUUGCCCUAGCAUAUGGCAUCUACAAACAAGAUCUACCCACUGAUAAACCAAGGAAUGUAGUGUUUGUUGACAUGGGCCACUCGUCUGUUCAGGUGUCCGCCUGCGCAUUCUUGAAAGGACAGGUCAAGGUACUAGCCACAGCUGCUGACCCAAACCUUGGAGGAAGAAAUUUUGAUGAAAUUUUGAUGGAUCAUUUUGUGGAGGAUUUCAAACAAAGGUACAAAUUGGAUGUUUCUACAAAUGCCAAAGCUGGUAUCCGUCUCAUUCGUGAGUGCGAGAAGAUGAAAAAAUUGAUGAGUGCCAACUCCCAAGAAAUUCCAAUGCAUGUGGAGUGCAUUAUGGAGGAAAGAGAUGUCUCAGGAAGAUUCAAGAGAGAUGAUUUUGAAGAGAAGAUAGCUAGUCUGCUGUUACGGCUGGAAGCAACACUAAAAGCAUUGUUGGAAAAAUCAGGGCUGAAGCUUGCAGACAUAGAGGCAGUGGAAGUUGUUGGGGGUUCCACCCGCAUUCCUGUUAUAAAAAGUAUGAUAACAAAAGUAUUUGAGAAGGAAGUCAGCACAACGCUGAAUGCUGAUGAGGCUGUGGCUCGUGGCUGUGCCUUGCAGUGUGCCAUGCUAUCACCAACCUUCAGAGUGCGAGAGUUUGUGGUCAAUGAUGCAACACCCUAUCCUAUUGUCCUUACAUGGAAGUCAGAGAACACUGAAGAUGAAGGGGAGAUGGAGGUAUUUGCUGUUAACCAUGCUUUCCCUUUCUCAAAGAUGCUGACAUUUUAUCGAAAAGAACCAUUUGAUUUAGAAGCAGGCUAUGGCAAAAAUGUCAAUCUUCCAUUAAAAGAUGGAUUUAUUGGGCGUUUUUCAAUCAAAGAUGUUGUGCCUAGUAAAGAGGGUGAGUCAUCAAAGGUUAAGGUCAAAGUUCGUCUAGACAUCCAUGGAGUGUUGAAUGUUGUCAAUGCGAGCUUAGUGGAAAAACUUGCAGUAGCCCCAGAUCCUGAAGAGGAGUCCAUGGAAGUGGAGGGACAAGAUGAAAAAGCAAAGGAAACAACUGGUGAUGCCGCUAGUGAGAAUUCCCAAGGAGCAGAGGAAGCUAGUGACUCACAAGAAAAAACAGCUGGUGAAGAACCCAUGGAUACAACAGCAGAGUCACCCGAAUCAAAGGAACAGAAAAAUGACUCCAACAACAAGGAGAGUGAAGCAAAAAAUGCCAAGGAAAGCAAAAGCAAAAAAGACAAUGGUGCCCCUGCAAAGAAAAAGAAGCAGCAAGUUAAAACAGUUGAACUACGAGUGGAAACAAUAGUUCCUGGACUGACCCGCGCCCAGCUUCAGGAAGCAAUAGACAGAGAGUGUCAAAUGAUCAUUCAAGACCGUCUAGAGAAAGAGAAAGGAAUAGCAAAGAAUGCUGUGGAAUCUUACGUGUAUGACAUGAGAGGAAAACUGUAUGGCGAGCUGGAGAAAUUCAUCACAGAGGAGGCAAGAGACAAAUUUUCGACUUUGCUUGAGGAAACAGAAGAAUGGCUGUAUGAAGAUGGCGAAAAUCAGUCUAAAAAGGUUUACCAAGACAAACUGGCGACACUAAAGAAAGUAGGAGAUCCAGUGGAGACAAGAUGCACAGAAUCUGUGAAAAGACCGGCAGCAUUCGAAGAACUUGGAAAGAGUCUACAGCAGAUUAGAAAAAUUCUUGAGCUCUGCGAACAGAAGGAUGAAAAAUACGAUCAUAUUGAAGCAGAGGAAAUCAAAAAGGUCGUGGAAGCUGUGAAAGCUAAGGACGAGUGGCUUAAUAGUAAAUGGA